UUUGUGUUGUUCUUUACAGGAAUAAGUUUCAGCCAAUGAGAAAUGUGCUCACAAACCAUUUUGGGGUUCGGAAAAGUGACAAGAGCGUACUUCCGGUUUGUUUUUAUUUUUUUGGCCCGGUGAAAAAUAAUCUACAACAACGAACAAAGCUUAUCUAUACACAGCAAAGAAGAAAAAGUAUCCGAUACAGAUGUCUGCACAUAAGUCGAAAUAAUAAAAAAACCCCAUUCUUUCUGCAAUGGAGAUUUGUGAAGAAGUUAGCUGUGUUUUGAAUGAGAUUUCUUAAUGGACUGUACAAAACCAGUUUUUCACAGUCAGUGAUUUUAGUAGACCUGUAGGAUGGGAAACAAACAGUCGUGUUGUAUUUACAACAGUCCAAAGAAUGGACACCGCAGUAAAGAGGAUAUCUAUCAGCCGCCACGGAACAGCGAAGAGGGGGUCAUGCUUCAUCAGCAGUCAAGCACGGCCUCACUGCAGGCUGUGCCACACAUCAGUGAACGUGAACCUGAAGAUGCUGACAGUGAUCCUUCCAACAACCCGCUUGCGAAGCCUCUGUUUUCUGCACGGUCGGAAAGUGAAAUUCAAAAGAAUAACAAACUGAGACGUAGAAGUCAACUGGUGAUGACCUCAGAGGGACAGACACACCAUGUUGAUGAGUACGGACAGCUCAAAAAGUUCAGCUCAUGUUCAACGAUUUACAUUGACGAUUCGACAGUGUCACAGCCUAACCUGAAGAACACAAUCAAGGCCGUUGCCCUGGCAAUAUACUUCCACAUACGUAACCGCGACAAGGUCCACAGACCAGGCUCAGAGUCACACAUACAAGACAUAUUUGAUGAGAAGCUUCAUCCGUUAACGAAAGAAUCACUUCCCGAUGACUACAGCAAUCGUGAUCCGGAACACAAACAUAUCUAUCGGUUUGUCAGGAACCUCUUCAAUGCAGCUCAGUUGACGGCGGAAUGUGCAAUCGUUACACUGGUGUAUCUUGAACGGUUAUUAACAUACGUUGAGAUCGACCUGUGCCCAGCGAACUGGAAACGAAUCGUGCUUGGUGCUAUACUACUAGCCUCCAAGGUCUGGGACGACCAGGCUGUGUGGAACGUCGACUUCUGUCAGAUUCUCAAAGACGUGGCCGUGGAGGACAUGAAUGAGCUGGAACGGAUAUUUCUUGAGUUGUUACAGUUCAACAUCAACGUCCCAUCCAGUGUCUAUGCCAAGUAUUACUUUGACCUGAGGUCGCUAGCCGAUGCACAUGAUCUCGUGUUCCCCAUGGAGCCGUUGAGCAAAGAACGUGCUCUCAAGCUUGAAGCUAUGUGCAGUGUGUGCGAGGACAAAAUGCGUGCCUGGCAGAAGAAAGGCAUACAACGUAGCUCUAGUCUGGACAGAAUAAACCGGUCAAACCGGGGCAGUAAGGCCAUCCUCUCCUGAUGAUGGCCACUCUAAACACUGUGUAAAUUAACAUGUUAUACGAGCUGUCAAACCAGACCAAACGAACGUGGUCGCUAAAAGACUAAGCCACAGAUCUUUCAUCAGUUUUAGUCUACGAUCGUCACUUGAUGUCAGAGUGAGUACAGUUAACGGUUGUCGUGUCUUAUUGCGAGAUUGACAGUUGUAAUCUGUCAGUGUCACGUGAUGUCAGAGUGAGUACAGUUGUAGUUGACGGUUGUUGUGUCUUAUUGCGAGAUUGACGGUUGUUGUGUCGUGUUGAGAGAUUAACAGUUGUAGUCUGCGUGCGAUAGCAUGUCAGAAGAACUACAGUUGUGUACUAUGAUUGUUGUGUUACAUCACAAGAACUACAGUUGUGUUUAUGAUCAUCGUGUUACGUCAGAAUAACAAGAGUUAGUCCAUGAUCGCCAUGUUACGUCAGAGAACUACAGUAACUGUUGUAGUUUGUGAUUGCCAUGUGAACUUUAUCAUCGUAUGAAGUAGGAAGAACUACUGUUUCAUUCACAGUUAACGAUCGUUGUGUUUUAAGUCAGAAAUACACGGUAAACAUUGUAGUUUAUGAUCUGUCAUUCUGUUACGUCAGAAAUACAUGGUAAACUUGGUAGUCUAUGAUCGAUCAUUCUGUUACGUUAGAAAUACAUGGUAAAAUGGUAGUUUAUGAUCGAUCCUUCUGUUUAGUCAGAAAUACAUGGUAAACACGAUAGUUUAUGAUCGAUCAUUAUGUUACGUCAGAAAUACAUGGUAAACAUGGUACAUGUGUAGUUAUGAUUGAUCGUUCUUUUACAUCAGAAAUACAUGGUCAACAUGACUGGACUGCAGUUAUUGUAGUGAAUGAUUGUUAUGCUGCAUCACAACUACAGUAACUGUCGUAGUCUAGGAUCGUCACAUCACAUCAAGAGAACUGCAGCUGCAGUCUUUGACUGUCACAUUAAGUCAAAACUACAGUAAUUUAUUGUAGUUGAUGAUUGUUAUGCUAUGAUUGUGGACUACGAUCGUCAUGUCUUGUCACAACUUCAUUUGUAGAUUAAGAUUGUUGUAAUAUGUCAGAACUUCAAUUGUAACCUACAACUGUCAUGUUAUGUUUGAACUAUCAUAAUCUACAAUCAUUGUGAUGAAAUGUCAUGUUAUGUCAGAACUUCAGUUACAAUCUACAGCUGUCAUGUUAUAUCAGAACUUAUAUUGUAAUGUACAACUGUCAUGUUAUGUCAGAGCUCUCGUAAUGUACGAUCAAUGUCUUACAUGAGGAGAAUUGUCAGGUUAUGUCAGAACUUCAGUUGUAGUCUCUGAUUGUUGUGUUAUGUUGGAACUGCAAUUGUAGUUCGUGAUUGCCAGGAUAUGUCAGAACUACAAUUGAAGUCUACAAUGUUACAAAAGUAACACAGUGCCUACGCUCCUGUCUAAAAUUAUGUAAUGCUUAUCAACAUGGUCUCCCCCUCCAUUUUCCCUGUCACUUUGAUCAAUAUUAUUGGAUUAAUAUUAAUUUGUAUUUUUGUUUGGUUUGGUUGGGUAAUAAAUACCGUAUAACAAAAAAAGAAAAAUUGGUUAAAAAUAAGAACAAAAUAGCAAUGACUGACAGAAUAUUUGAAACUAGAUCUUGUUUUUAAAAUAUUUUGUAACUCUUGACAAACACUCCCCUCUGUCUCUGCCAUAAUAUUUAAUAAUACAUCCAAUGAUAUCGCCUCCCCAUCUAAAGCAUUAUGUAAUUAUUGAAAUGCCGCCAAGUAGGUUCCUCUCUAAGACAAUAUGUUAAAAUUACCAAAUGUUUGACACCCAAUAGCCGAUGAUUAAUAAAUCAAUGUGCUCUAGUGGUGUUGUCAAACAAACCAAACUUUAACUUUGAUUUAACUUUAAAUGCUAAAAAAUUACCUUUAUGUUACUGAAAAUUUGGUUUUAAAAAUCUUAAUGAAUGACACUUGCUAAUCAGUUCAAAGUAAAUUUAAAGGGAAAUAACUCAGUUUCAACCGGUGAAAAUUAACACUAAGUUUAGUUAAUCUACAAACCUGUAAUGUAUUUGGAUAAAGUUACAAUUGAGUGAAACAUGAAUCUGUGAC